AUGGAUGAUAUAGCGGGGUUGAAAUGGACAUCAACCCCGGCCAAUGGACAGAAACCCGCAACCUCGAACUACUCUGCUUUUAAACCUACUCCCCCAACCUCAGGGCGAGCGUCUCCAUUCAAUGCGACAUCUAGUCAGCCUCCUUCCAAACCCGCCACUCCCGUAAAUGACAGCUUCGCGAAUCUAGUCUCCUUCGGGGCCUCUUCGAACAAGAAUCUUUCCUUGCUGGAACAACAGAAGAAGCAGGCAGAGACAAAAUUGCGACAACAACAGAGUCGGAAUCAAGCGAUAAAGGAUCAAUAUGCCGGUGGAGAUGAUCAGUUUUGGAGCAGCUUGGGAAACAGGAGGGGCACACCGCCAGCGACUGUCAGCAAUCCCCAAGAUAAGAAGACAAAUUCAACAAACAAUGGACUGGACGACGACGACGACCUAUUGGCUGCCUUUAAUAAGCCUGCUACAAUGAAUAACAAUUCUGUGGCUGCACCUGUACAGAAAAAUGCCAUGAAUGAUGACGACCCAUUUGGACUUUCAGAAGCUGGACCUCGUAGAACAGACACCACGGCUACCACGGCUACUGCUAGCACCUUGGACGACGACGACGUGCUCGGACUACUUGGAAAACCAGUAUCUACGCAACUCGGACGAGAAUCUCCUCCGCCCGUGGCGAAGAACGACGAUACGGAACUUCACGUACAGGAUAAGGCCAUGGCAGAGCUCGUUGACAUGGGUUUUCCUGCAGACAAGGCGAGACAAGCUUUAGAGGCCACUGACUCUGGUACCGAUGUCCAGGCUGCCGUGGGAUACCUCCUCAAUCAGGCGCACUCUGAAUCGCGACAAAAGGCGCAGUCGAGAAAUACAAGUCGUCCGGGAGCGGAUGCGGAUAAUGGCCGUUGGAAUGACCGAAGUCAAUCACGGACGUCACGGCCACAAAGACGCUUUGAGGAUAUCGAUGUCCCUCGGAAUCGUCAACAGGGCCCUGCACAUGCAGCGGAGAAGGAUUUCGAGCAAAUGGCAGCGGAAUUUGGAAACCACUUUCUCAGGACGGCGGGUUCCUUAUGGAAGCAAGGAACAAAACGAGUCCAACAGGCGGUUCAAGAGUUCAACUCUGAUAGCGAAUCUGGGAGCCAACCACGCUGGAUGCGAGAAGCAGAACGUGCAGAGAGAAUGGAGCAUCGACCACGCCAGAGAGAGGCCGAUGUGGCCACGGCGAGACCGAGCCCAGAACCGCAAGGCUCAGCAGGAGUGACGGAUGAAGCCAUGAUGCUUGAAUCUAGCAGACCAACUCCCCCUCCACGCCCAUCAGCGACGUCGCGACCAGAUCGACGUCUUGAUCCCGGUGCUGACAACUCUCGGGACCACUCUCCUGCUGUGCCAUCACGGUUACGAGAGUGCAUUCCACCAAAACAGCCAGCCUUCUUGCGACGGCAGAACCCAUCCCCGGCUGCCAAUUCGAGGGCCACUCUGAACAGAGAAGCUGCCGAAGAGCAAGCUGCUCAAGCCUACGUCAGCUCGGCUCGAAGACGAAAGCCUCAACCCCAACCCCAAUCUGCGCCACACCAACAGGUUAUAGCCUCCGAACCCGAUCUUCUUGAGGGUAGUUUCAAGGCCGCGGCCUCUCCAAGGCCAACCACAACUGCAGCGAGCGUACAUCCAUCUCCAUCACGGCCCGUCAGCCGUGUAGAAACCCCAGCCCGAUCGCCUCCGACUCGCAAUAUUCCCUCAGUAUCUGCCAUAAGUAUGAAAGCUUGUCACUCCCACCGAGAGAAAGGCAAUGAACAUUUCAAACGCGGUGACUACUCGGCAGCACACCAAUCCUACACCAGCUCCAUCUCCCACCUCCCAGACGGCCACCCACUCGUCAUCGUCCUCCUGACCAAUAGAGCCUUAACCGCCCUCAAGAUAGGGGAUCCCAAAACCGCGAUUUCUGACGCGGAUAAAGCCAUGAGAGUAAUUGGUCCGUCAAAAGGCGAAUCCGAGACUGUUGACUUCGGCACCAGAGACACUCCGAAAUCAAUGCGUGACUAUUACGGCAAGGCCCUUAUGCGCAAAGCUGAAGCUUUGGAGCAGAUGGAGAAAUGGAGUGACGCGGCUGUUGUCUGGCGUGAAGCAGUAGAAGGGGGCCAUGGUGGUGCAACCAGCAUCCAAGGCCGCAUGCGCGCCGAGAAAGCAGCAGACCCACAGGCCUCACAACUCAAAUCUGCGGCCGUUGCUACAAAGAAGCCAGCCGCGGCGUCCGUUCCUCCACGACGCUCUGCCGGACAAACACCAUCAUCUUCUGCACCGGCGGCAGCUGUGACGCGCUUGCGCGCGGCGAACUUGGCAGCGGAGAAGGCAGACGAUGAGAAAUUUCGACUGUCGGAUUCGGUAGAUGCGCGGAUUCAGGCGUGGAAGGGAGGCAAGGCUGACAACCUUCGCGCCCUCCUGGGGAGUCUGGAGAAUGUCCUUUGGGAAGGCUCUGGGUGGAAGAAGAUCAGUAUGGCGGAUUUGGUUCUCCCUAACAAAGUCAAGAUCCAGUACAUGAAGGGGAUUGCUAAGGUUCAUCCUGACAAGAUCCCCACGGAUGCCACGACGGAACAGCGCAUGAUCGCUGGUGCGGUGUUCAGUGCGCUAAACGAGGCAUGGGAUAAAUUCAAGACUGAGAACGGGUUAUAG